AUGGCGUACUUCCCCAGUGUCCGCGUGGUGGUGAUGCUUUGCCUCUCCUUUUUCACUACUACUGUUUGGACCCUGGCCCUUGUUCCCAAGACUGGCAAGACGCUUUCUCUUCCUCUAUCUCACAAUGCUGAUGUCCCUCGCCAUGGUCCUACCGAUUACCUCAGAACUCUGAAGAAGUACAACCUCAAUGUCCCCGAGGGCUUACAACAAGUUGUUGAUGCCCACAAAGCCACCAACAGCAAGGUCCUCGCAGACGAAUCUGGAAGUUCUGCUCCGGCCGCCGCUCACGAUGGCGAUCUUCUCUGGCUCACUCCCGUCAGCAUAGGUGACCCCCCUCAACAGCUGUACCUGGAUCUAGAUACUGGAUCAUCCGAUACCUGGAUCUUCUCGACCGAUACGGAUAAGUCCGAAGUGGCCGGACAGACCGUCUGGGAUCCCAGCAAGUCAUCGUCAGCCAACAAGAUCCAGAACUGUACUUGGUCUAUCAUCUAUGGCGACUUUUCUACUUCUCAGGGUAUUUGUUAUAAGGAUACUCUCAUACUUGGAAAUCUCUCGAUUCCCAACAUGACAAUUGAGUCGGCUACAUCGGUGUCAUCUAUGUUUACCGAGUCUGCAAAUAUGUCUGGCCUUGUGGGAUUAGCCUGGCCUUCCAUAGCUCAGAUGCUGCCACCCCAGAAGACCCUUCUUGAUCUUUUACCCGGUGUGUUGAGCCAACCUUUGUUUACGGUCGACCUGCGUCACAACAGUAGCGAGGGUUCCUUCAACUUUGGAUACAUCGACGAUAACCUGCAUAUUUCGGAUAUCAAGUACAUCGACGUGAACACGACGGACGGCUAUUGGGCUGUCCAACAGACAGGCUUCUCUAUUGGCGGCUCAGACGUCAAAUACGAGUUUAGCGAGGCGCGAGAUAUCAUUGUCGACACUGGCUCUACUUUGUUCUUUGCCCCAGAGGAGGCGGUUAAGACGUAUUUCGGCAGCGUCCCCGGUGCCAACUAUUCGUACACGGAUUACGGAUGGGUACUUCCCUGCAACACAACCCCACCCGACUUCGUUUACGAGCUCGGAGAUACACAGGGCAACAGACUUGCCGGCUCGGUGCCUGGUGCCUACUUUGUGUACGCCCAUUCCACUGACGAUCUAUGUUAUGCUGGUCUACAAUCCCUCAGUUCCUUUACCGAUAUGCCAAGCAUUUUUGGCGAUGUGUUCCUCAAGAGCGGAUUUGCCGUCUUCGACAUUGCGAACAAGAAGUUUGGGAUGGCCCCGAAGCCCCUGAACACUGAUAAUACUAAGCGAGACUUAGAUGCUCGCGAUGAGGUUAAAAAUGUCGUCAAACAUAUCUGA